CUUCACCUUUUUUUCAUCUUUCAAAAAAAAAAAGCUUUUCUUUUUAAAAUUUCUUUUAUUUGAUUCAUUCAAUUCAAAAGCAGCCUGCAGCAACCUUUGAAACCAGCUGUGUGUUUUUUGUUUGGUUUUUCAUCUUUCCCUCUCCACCCUCAAAUCUUCUCUCUCUCUCUCUCUACUCUGUGUUUUUUCCUUUUCUGGGCAGCAGAAACUUACUCAUGAAGAAAUUAGUGCUGAAAUUGGAGCUUUCAGACGACAGCGACAAACGUAGGGCAUUGAAGAAGGUCUCUGCUGUUCCAGGAAUUGAUGAAAUCUCUAUAGACAUGGGCAGUAAGCAGCUAACAGUGAUUGGUAAAGUUGAUCCGGUGACGGUGGUGAGCAAACUCCGCAAAGUCUGGAGAACAGAGAUCAUCUCCGUAGGGCCCGCGAAAGAGCCCGAGAAGAAAGAGGAGCCGAAGAAGGAGGAGCCUAAGAAAGAGGAGGAGAAGAAAGGGGAAGCGCCCAAAGAAGAGGCGAAGAAAGAAGAGCCGCCAGCGCAAGCACCGGCAAAGGAAGAGCCGAAGAAGGAGGAGGCGGCAGAGAAGAAGGCAGAAGCGCCGCCCCAGGGUCCGCCUCCUCCUGCCGGGGCGCAGCAGCCGGUGGUAGUAAUGCCUUACAGGCAGUAUUACUAUCCCCCCAUGAACACAUACUACUAUGGCCACCACCACAGCAUUGAAGAGAACCCCAAUGCUUGUGUCAUCUCUUGAAUUAAGCUUCGCGAACCACCCAAAUGUGACCCGAAAUCUCACCUCACCUAAUUCUCACAUGCAUUCACAAGACACGGAAUAGUCUCAAAGUUUCUUGCGAAUGUCUGUGAGAAGGCGGUGGAACGAGGGUUCGGGUCACACUUGGAGGCAAUCCAUCCUAUUUUUCUCCAACAUUGAAUGGAGUGUGGGGUGGGCCCCAUCAAAAUUCUCUUGCAUGUUGGGUUUUCUUAUUGGUGCAAGCCCAGCUGAGGUCACAUUAUUAGUAUUAUUAUCAUUUAUAAAGCAAGAAGCUUACCAUCUGUACAGUCUUCUUCUUCUGUAUGUCUAUUCAAAAACAAAAAAAAAAUAUCAAGUGUUGUGAAGAGAACCCAGUAAAAAUGUUGUAAAAUUAGCUUAAUUUGUGCAUUGCAUGUUGUUUGUGGGCACACUCUUGUCUUCCCAUGUUUGGAAAUCC